AUGGAGUCAGAUGCGUCCCAUCACGUAAAGAAGUGCCAGACUUGUCAGAAACACGGAAAUUUGAUCCAUGCUCCAGCUGUAGACCUGCAUAGUAUCCGAACGCUAUGGCCAUUCCAUACCUGGGCUUUUAAUGUGAUAGGGCCCAUCUCCACACCUUCUAAGGGGUACAAGUGGAUUCUCGUAGCUACAGAAUUGAGCACAAAGUGGGUCGAAGCAAUCCUUUUGAAAAAUGCUACGGCGCCCGUAGUCGCGAACUUCACCAAGGAAAAUAUCAUUUGCCGGUUUGGAGUGCCGAAUACCAUCAUCUCGAACAAUGGCACUGCCUUCAUAAACAAAUAUGUAAAGAGCCUCCUAGAGACUUACCAAGUGAAGCAUCACAAAUCCACACCUUACUAUCCAAAAGGGAACGGGCAAGCGGAGGCCACAAACAAGACACUGAUAAGGAUUCUGAGCAAGAUGAUGGAUGAAUUUUGGGGGACUUGGUCCGAACAGUUGAUAGUAGCCCUAUGGGCGUAUCGCACUUCAAAGAGAAAGCCGACUCAAGCAACUUCUUACUCCCUUGUGUAUGGGUCUGAGGCAGUGUUACCUAUAGAGUUGGAAACACCAUCUGCUCGGAUGGCUCUCGCCUCGGGGAUGGUACUGAAGCCUUGA